GUAUAGUUCUCUGGGUGUAACAGUGGAAGGAUACACCAGUAUUGUAUAAAUACUUCGGCUUUUUGUUUUGCUGCACUCAGUCGCUUCCUGACGACAAGACGCAGACGUAGAGCUUCUGUAUUCCACCAAAAACGAACAUUUGUUUCGUAAAGAUGCAGAUCUUUGUGAAGACGCUGACUGGUAAGACCAUCACUCUGGAGGUGGAGCCCAGUGACACCAUUGAGAAUGUCAAGGCCAAGAUUCAAGAUAAAGAGGGCAUUCCACCUGACCAACAGCGUCUGAUCUUUGCUGGCAAGCAAUUGGAGGAUGGUCGCACCCUCUCUGACUACAACAUCCAGAAAGAAUCCACUCUCCAUCUUGUCCUGCGUCUCAGAGGAGGUAUGCAGAUCUUUGUGAAGACGCUGACUGGUAAGACCAUCACCCUGGAGGUGGAGCCCAGUGACACCAUUGAGAAUGUCAAGGCCAAGAUUCAAGAUAAAGAGGGUAUUCCACCUGACCAGCAGCGUCUGAUCUUUGCUGGAAAGCAGCUGGAGGAUGGACGCACCCUUUCUGACUACAACAUUCAGAAAGAAUCCACUCUCCAUCUUGUCCUGCGUCUCAGAGGAGGUAUGCAGAUCUUUGUGAAGACGCUGACUGGUAAGACCAUCACCCUGGAGGUGGAGCCCAGUGACACCAUUGAGAAUGUCAAGGCCAAGAUUCAAGAUAAAGAGGGCAUUCCACCUGACCAGCAGCGUCUGAUCUUUGCUGGAAAGCAGCUGGAGGAUGGACGCACCCUCUCUGACUACAACAUUCAGAAAGAAUCCACUCUCCAUCUUGUCCUGCGUCUCAGAGGAGGUAUGCAGAUCUUUGUGAAGACGCUGACUGGUAAGACCAUUACCCUGGAGGUGGAGCCCAGUGACACCAUUGAGAACGUCAAGGCCAAGAUUCAAGAUAAAGAGGGCAUUCCACCUGACCAGCAGCGUCUGAUCUUUGCUGGCAAGCAGCUGGAAGAUGGUCGUACCCUUUCUGACUACAACAUCCAAAAGGAGUCCACCCUCCAUCUUGUUCUGCGUCUCCGUGGGGGCAACUGAUCUGCUCAGCUUUAAAAAAAAAAAAAAAAAAGUCUGGAGACCAAUUCCUUGUUGUUCCUCAUUAAGCAUUCAAUAAAGCUAAAGCAUUCCUCAGUG